AUGACAAGUGAGUGGACCGCGCUCCUCACCUUCAAGGCAAGCCUGUCGGAUCCUUCUCAUCGCCUUUCGUCAUGGCAUGGUCGAGCUUGUUGCCAAUGGAGGGGAAUCCAGUGUCACAAUAGGACCGGUCAUGUCAUCAAGCUCGACCUGCGCAACCCACAGCCCUACGGCAUGAAUCAGGAUACUCGAUUGAGCUUGUUGACGGGUGAGAUGCCCUCCUCAAUUGUUUCUUUGAAGCAUCUAAGGUACCUGGACCUCAGCUACAACGACUUCAAGCAAGCACGCAUUCCGCUGUUCAUGGGGGCUCUAAGGAGUUUGAGGUAUAUUAACUUCUCAAACACAAAUUUCCAAGGGGAAAUUCCUUCUCGUAUUGGAAAUCUCUCCCAGUUGCGAUGUUUCGACAUCAGCAAUAACGAUCUGAACACGCCAGAUCUCUCGUGGUUGCAUCAUCUUUCUCUGCUAAGGCAUCUUGAUAUGAGCGGAGUAGACCUCAGUUCUGCAACGGACUGGGUUCGGUGGCUCAACAUGCUUCCCGCUCUUCGAGUUGUUCGAUUGUCAGACUGCAGGUUUAGCAGCAGAGUUGAAAAAACCCUGACCCAUUCCAACCUCACCCAUAUUGAGAUCCUUGAUCUGUCAAGAAACUCAUUUAACUUUUCAGUCCAGUACAACUGGUUCUGGGGUCUCACCAGCCUUAAGGAACUUCAUCUCUCAAAUUCUGAAUGGUCUGGGCUUAUUCCUGAUGCAUUAGGCAAUAUGUCCUCUCUCGAAGUCAUAGACUUAAGCCAGAACCAUAAAUUGUCAGGCAACAUACCCAGAAACUUGGCAAGUCUAUGUAAUUUACGGAUACUGAACUUUGAGGAGACCAAUAUAAAUGGAGACAUAGCAAAACUGAUGGAAAGAUUACCAAAAUGCUCAUGGAGUAAACUGCGUGUGCUCAACUUUUACCGGGCAAAUUUGACUGGAGAGAUACCCGUUUGGAUAGGAAAUUUGUCGAGUCUCGUUUACCUGGAUCUAUCUGCGAAUGAGCUAGUCGGUCAUGUACCUAUUGGGAUAGGAGCACUUAGCAACUUGACUUACCUGGACCUUGGCUCAAAUAAGCUCAGUGGCUUGCUCUCCGAAGAACAUUUUGCAAGCCUGGUGAACUUGGAUACUUUGGACCUUGAAGACAACUCUUUGAGAUUGGGUUUAGGUGAAGAUUGGGUUCCUCCAUUCCAAUUAUUAACAAUUGGGUUUUUUAGAUCAUGUGACUUGGGGCCUCGAUUUCCUGCAUGGCUGAGACGGACUCCAGAGAUAGUUCACCUUGAUAUUUCAAACACGAGUAUAAUUGAUCAUUUGCCUGACUGGUUCUGGGUUAUUUUUCAUAAUGCCAUCAGCUUGUUCCUGUCAAACAAUCAAAUAAGUGGGGCUUUACCAGCAAAAUUAGAAAUAGAAUCAGCAUCAGUAUUAGAUAUCUCGAACAAUUCUUUGUCAGGGACGCUGCCAGUAUAUGUUACAGCACCUCAACUAGAGAGAUUGUAUAUUUCUGACAACUAUAUCACCGGCAACAUCCCAGCAUACUUUUGUGAACUGUAUAGCUUGAAAGAAUUGGAUCUAUCAAAUAAUGAACUAAUGGGAGGUUUUCCACAAUGUUUGGAGAAUGGCUCAUCAGCAUCUGAUCCUUAUUCUUUCAAUCACUUCGGUUCUAUGUUGGAAGUAUUGGACUUGAAGAAUAACCAUUUGUCUGGGGAGCUACUUGAUAACCUUCGCAGUGCUAAACGAUUAGUCUUUCUAGAUGUGUCAUUUAACAAAUUCUCUGGAAGUGUGCCAACAUGGAUAGCAGAAAAACUGCCAGAACUAGGAGUGUUCAUUCUAAGAUCGAAUGUGUUCUGUGGUCAUCUUCCAAAGGAGUUGAUGAAGCUAGAGUCUCUUAAAUAUUUGGAUUUAGCACACAACAACUUAUCGGGAAACAUACCUUCGUCUCUGGUGGACUUGAAAACCAUGGCUAUUCCAGGUGGACUUAAUUAUUUUCCAGAGAGCAUAUUAAUGUUUACAAAACAUCAAGAGCUUCACUUUACCUUGAAAUUCGAGGGUUCAGCAGUAACUCUAGUUGACCUGUCCUGCAACAGUUUCAUUGGGCAGAUCCCAAAAGAAAUAUCCUUACUCAAGGGACUACAAAGUUUGAACCUAUCUGGUAACCAAUUGAGUGGACCAAUUCCAGAUGGCAUCGGUGGUUUAAGGGAACUAGAAUCUCUCGACCUAUCUUACAAUGGUUUGAGUGGUGAAAUCCCCUCAAGUUUAUCAGAUCUCACUUUUCUAAGUUGCUUGAACCUAUCCUACAAUAAUUUAUCGGGACAGAUCCCCUCAGGAAAACAGCUGCAAACACUCAAUGACCAGUACAUGUACAUAGGUAAUCCUGGACUUUGUGGGCCUCCUCUUGUCAACAAUUGCUCCACGAAUGAAGCAAGCAAAAAUAGUUAUGAGGAAGAUGAAGGCACCACAUGUGAUGGAUCAUCUUUCUACAUCAGUAUGAGCUUGGGAUUUGUGAUGGGUCUUUGGACGGUGUUUUGCACCAUGAUGUUCAAGGAAAAAUUCAGGGAUGCUUACUUUCAGAUGAUUGAUAGCGUAUACGACAAGGUUUAUCAUGUGUAA